GUAUAAUUUUUUGUGAGGAAAAGUCGGAAAAUUUGAAAAUUCCAGAAAGUAACUUCUUUUCAUAAUUUUUUUUUCAAUUAUUUUGUUUUGUUUGUCAAUUAUUUGAAUUGGUCAAAUUUGUCACUUGCUUUUUUUAUUCCGGCUAUUCAAAAAAUAAUAAAAAAUUAUUGAAAAUUACUCAGUGAAAACGUUAUGUGUGUUUCACACAAAGUGAUCAAUUACAGAUUGAGAUUUGUUACGAGUAUGAUGCCACGAAGAGGUCGCGCUAAUAUCGGUCGGCAUUCGUUUUGCCAUCAACAUCCAUUGGCAGCCCAAGGCAUAUGACCGAGUACUCCCAGGAUGCGAUGACAUACAUAUGUACAUGUGGAAUUAUGGAUCGCGAUCAAUAAGUAAGCGAUCGUCACGAUGUCACACCCCGACUUUUCAAAAAACAGUUACAUGUUUGAUGGACUUUAUCUUGAAGCAAAGUAUAAGUGGUGCUGUUAGAUGGUAGUGUACUCUGUUGAGUGGCAAAAAAAAGGUUUGCCGAUGGUGGUUACACCAGAUCGAAUUGAUGAAAUCAUUUCUGCGGAAGUUCCUGAUCCAAAUAAAGUCCCACUAUUAUACGAAGUGGCGAAAACCAAUAUGAUUCAUGCACCUUGCGGAAACCACAAUCCAUUUUCUGUUUGUAUGUCUGACAAUAAAUGCACGAAACACGAUUCACGUGCUUUUCUUUCGGAAACACAAACUGAAAAUGAUGGAUAUCCACUCUAUCGGCGUCGCUCACCAGAUAACAAUGGCAGAACAUUCAACAUUUAAUUUAGAAGAGAGAAUAUUAAAGUUGACAACAGAUGGAUCGUACUAUAUUCCACACUAUUGUUUAAUUCACAUUCAAAACUCAUAUCAAUGUUGAGUAUUGCAGUUUGGUGUAAUCGAUAAAAUACGUUUUUAAGUACGUCACUAAAGGAAGCAACAUGGCGGUUAUUGGUCUUGAACGCUAUGGUCGAUAUGUGAACUGUAAUAAAGGGCUUUGGGGGACAUUUACUUUCGCAAUUCAUGAACGUUUUCCAACUGUUGUGCGUCUCGCAGUUCUCUAUUCGGAAAUACCUUGAUACAUGGAAUGCAUCGUCGAAGAAAUAGUUGCACAGAAAGCAAGGCCAACCAGUAGAUGGACAUCUAGGUGUGUUCUCAACUAAUGCAUUCGGAUGAAUUUACACUAUCCAACCGAAAAAACGCUUCUACCUUCGGUUGCUAUUGAUUAAUGUACGCGGUUAAAAUUCAUUUGAGCCAUUGCGUAGUAUGAAUGGUCCGAUGUGGGCAACUUUUUGAGAAGGAAGUCAGAAAUUACAAUUGAUGGAACAUGAUAGUCACUGCGAUAUGAUAGUAGCGAUAGCUACUUCGAAUGCAAACGAAGUUCACACACCUUUCGAGAUGAUCAUUUCGACAUAUCAGCCUUUAAAUCCGCGUUAAUUAUGGGAUACGAACCAAAAUGACAUUACCGAAGUCAUUUUACAUCGCAUUCGAUAAGAAUUGAAAUAUAAUUUAAAUAUUUUUAGAUGGAGGUGAACAAAUAAAGAACAAUGUGGACAAAUAGCGACGAUGUUGUGUUAAUAGAUUUGUGGCGGGAACGAGCCGGAGACUUGCGACGUGCUAAACGUAAUUUGCACAUCUAUGCCGACAUAUCUGUGCAAAUGACGCACAAAUUUACUGCAAAAGAAGUGUAUGUUAAAAUACGGAAUCUUACACAAAAAUAUAGAGAGGAAAAGAAAAAAGUUGGACCCUCGGGGAGCAGCCCAUCGCUGUGGAAACAUUUUGAUGCGGUCCAUCAAAUUAUCGGACUGACAGCAGCCAAUACUGUUGAAUCAUCUAUGGCUAUAGGAUCACCACAACCAAUGUGGCCAGAUCCAGAACCAAUGUCGCCUGAAGCAGUGUGUACGCCAGUAAUGACAUUGACGAACUCGCCAUCAAUGUCCCCAUUAGGUAGCUCGACAUCAGCAGCGGGUGCAUCUGCAAGUAAAAAGAGAAAUUACAUGGGCGAACUAAUAACAGUGGCAAAAGAACAAAACGAAUUGCUGAAGACAGUGGUGGAGGACGGGAAAAUAUUGACUGAGAGAGUUGUUACUGCAAUCGAAGAACAAAGUAGUAAUACAAAAGAGUUUAUAGGUAUUAUGAAAAAUAUUUUAGAAAAAAUGUAAA